GUUGGCAGCCGCCGGCCGCGACCUCCGCGCUUCCAGGCGGCCAUGGACGGCGACCCCGGGGACCCGGCCGCGUUCUCCGCGCGCUCGCUGCCCGGGGACCCCCGGCUCCUGGCCCCCAUCACCAACGCGUACCUGGGCACACGCGUGUACCACGACACACUGCACGUGAAUGGCGUGUACAACGGGGCCGGGGGGCACACGCACCGGGCCGCCCUGCCCAGCCCGCUCUGCGCCAGGCUGGAGGCUCCCGCAGGCCCCGGGGAGCAGCCCACCGCCACCUUCGUCCUGGACACCAGCACAGGCUCAUUCCUGCACACCCUGGAAGGCCUCAGCUUCCGGGCCUCCCAGCGGAUCUAUGCCCACCGCACGCUGCCUCAUCUUCUGGCCUUCACUGUGUCCAUUGAGCGCCUGGUGGCAGGAAGCCCACCCAUCACCGUGUUGCUGCGUUCUGCCUUCUCCCCAGAAAGCCCAGACCUGGACCUGCAUCUGGGGCCUGACUUCCAGGGAUUCCGGUACCUGUGUGGCCACACACUCACGCCGGAACAGCCUGGAGGGCCGCAGCAGGAGGUUCACAUGCUGUGGACGCCAGUGCCCACGGCCCUGACUCUUGGAGAAGGAGAGAAAGACAGGACCUGGGACUUCCUAACUGUGGUGGGCAGCAGCCAGGCCGAGACCCAGGCCUGCCUGGGUGAGGUCCUGCAGCUACAGGCCCAGGGCACUCUGUACACAGCUCACGCACAGGCCUGGGCCCAGCUCUGGGCAGGUUGUGGCUUGGAUGUGGUGGGGCCCCUGGCUUUGCGCCAAGCCCUGCGUGGCUGUCUCUACUACCUGCUCAGCGCCCUGCCCCAGCCUGGGACCCAGAACUGCACCUGCCACGGCCUCAGCCCCGGGGGCCUUUCCAACGGGAGCCGGGAGGAGUGCUACUGGGGCCACGUCUUUUGGGACCAGGAUCUCUGGAUGUUCCCGAAUAUCCUGGCGUUCCACCCAGAGGCUGCCAGGGCCAUCUUAGAGUACCGAAUCAGAACUCUGGGUGGGGCCCUGGAGAACGCGCGGAGCCUCGGCUACCAGGGAGCCAAGUUCGCCUGGGAGAGCGCAGGCUCUGGUCUGGAGGUCUGCCCGGAAGAGGUCUAUGGGACCCAGGAGGUCCACGUCAACGGGGCUGUGGUGCUGGCCUUCCAGCUGUACUACCUCACCACCCAGGACCUGCAGCUCUUCCGAGAGGCUGGUGGCUGGGAUGUAGUCAGGGCUGUGGCUGAGUUCUGGUGCAGCCGUGUGGAGUGGAGCUCCCAGGAUGAGGAAUACCACCUGAAGGGAGUCAUACCGCCUGACGAAUACCACUCAGGAGUCAACAACUCCGUGUAUACCAAUGUCCUGGUCCAGAACAGCCUGCGCUUUGCUGCUGCUUUGGCCCAGGAUCUGGGUCUGUCUGUUCCAGACCAGUGGCUGGUGGUAGCUGACAAGAUCAAAGUGCCCUUUGACCCAGAGCGGAAUUUCCACCCUGAGUUUGACGGGUAUGAGCCUGGGGAGGAGGUGAAGCAGGCAGAUGUGGUGCUCCUGGGAUACCCUGUCCCCUUCCGGCUGAGCCCCGACGUCCGCAGGAAGAACCUGGAGAUCUAUGAGGCUGUGACGUCUCCCCAGGGCCCUGCCAUGACCUGGAGCAUGUUUGCUGUGGGAUGGAUGGAACUGAAGGACCCAGCUAGGGUGCGGGACUUUCUGGACAGAAGCUUCGCCUACAUCACUGAGCCCUUCAAGGUGUGGACAGAGAAUGCGGACGGGUCGGGCGCCGUGAACUUCCUGACAGGCAUGGGGGGCUUCCUGCAGGCAGUGCUUUUCGGAUGCACAGGGUUUAGGGUCACGGAGGCAGGCGUGACCUUUGACCCCCUGUGCCCAGCCGGGGUCUCUGGAGUGCAUCUCACUGGCCUCUCCUACCUGGGGAACAAACUCAACUUCGCCUUCUCCAAGGACCACGUGACGGUGGAGGUCACAGCCCAAGCAGGGCCCCAGGCCCCACCUUUGGAGGCCAAACUGUGGCCCUCGCAGGCCGUGCUCCCCCUGCCGCUGGGACACAAGGUCUCCUUCCUGCCUUCUGCUGGUCGGAUUCAAAGGUCAUCCCAGUAGCUGCCCAGAAAUCCCAGCUCUGAGAAUUGUCCAAGAGAAUCCUUAGAAGACGUCAGACUCCUGCAGAGCCGCCGGGACACCAUUCCCCGCCGCCUGCGGCCAUUCCCUGAGCACCAGGCCUACAGGUCCUCCACACCCACACCUGUGUGUCCCCCAGCUCCGCCCCAGUGCAAGGCUGUCUGCCGGCAGCUGAGCCCUUCCCUGUGGGCCACCAUCCACCUGCCCUCAGGCUGACCCAGCACUUGUGCUCCUUGGCAGGCCACCUUGCCCCCGUGCAGACCCAGGCUUCAACCCCAUGCUUCUGGUUCCUGGGCUGCUCUCGUCACGGGGUGGUAGGGAGUGGCCCGCAGAGAAAGCGGCCAGUGAGGAAGGGCAUGAUUAGUCACCUGCAGAAUUUCUCAGGUCUAGCAAAUUCUGCAACUUUAAACAGGAGCUUCUCCUCGCCUGUCAUUGGAGUCAGGCGGGGCUGGUACAGG